GCAUCUUUGUCCCACACCAAACUGAUGCCUGGUUUGAAUCCUAAAAACCUGCCACUUGAUGUCAACUUGUUUGUCCUGCCCCGUCUGGACACUGCAGCCUCUGAGCAUUCAUCCACUGAUGAUCAGUCAGUCUUGCUGAGUCUGUUACCGGUCUCAUACCAAGGCCAUCCCAGUGUGGACCUCCUUGUCAAGUCUUUCCGGAACCAGAUCUACAGUGCUGCCAGAAGUUCCCUCACUCACACCUCUCUGACUGAGAAGAACUGGUUUCACUACGCAGGGAGGACUUGGGAGACCAUCAAGAAAUCCAGCCUCAUGUCGGAGUUCAACAGACUUCUAACCUGAGAGUUUCCUUUCCUGGAUGAAUAACCGACCGUCUGCUUCAGAGGAAAACAAGCUUUUGGCCAAGAAUAAAGGCUGUAUCUUCAUGAUGAGAACUGCUAUUCAUUCAAUUGUCACUGUUUAGAGAGACUAUGGGCUCAGUGCACAAGCACCCCUUCAGCAGCAAGAAAAGGAGAGUCGGGGGAGACCUAGACUGGUUCCCGGUCCAUCCACUGUGUAUUUCGAAUGAUCCAAAGUUAUUAGGAGCGGGGAAUUGGUCUGGGAGACCAUAACAAGAUAAAGUUGAACGUAUUCGGUCGCCGACGAUUAAGCCUUAUACUCAUGCGAAGACGCUAGUGGGCCUGUGAAUAAUAGCUUUGGCACAUUCAGGAAGACGUGCGUACUUCGCACGCGAACCAACAAGGUACAUUACGCACAUGCUGUGCGUCCCGUCCACGGGGCUCUCAAAAGUGGUAAAAAGUGCCCUCUUUUGUUGGUGAGCAGAGCCCAUACCGGUACCUCUUACU